UGGAUUUUUGCCCUGGCUGCACUGCUGGCUGCACUGCUUCCCACAUUUAAAACCCCAGAGAUUUUCUCAGCAGGAAAACUUCAAGAAAAACAUUAAGAAAAAUCUAACUGACCAUGGAGAGAUUACAACUAAUACUUUGUGUGCUGUGGGUGAGUGUGAGUGUGUGUGAUUGUGAGGUUCUGAUGUAUGGGCAUGUUCAAUCUCCACUGUAUCCUAAGCCCUAUCCAGCUGAUCUCCAAAAACAGUGGAACCUGGAAGUUCCUCACGGUUACAGAAUCAAGCUCACCUUUAUCUACCUAGACAUUGAGCAUUCUACUAACUGCACCUCUGACUCUCUGAUGGUUUUAUAUGAUAACAAAGUUUUGGGGAAGUUUUGUGGCCAAAGAUUAACAGAUGCACACCACCCUGGCCUCAAGUCCUUCUUGUCUUCUGGCAAUCGUCUCCAGCUGGUGUUUGUGACUGACAGCUCAAACCCAGAUCUUCAGCCACACCUCGGCUUCUCUGCUUUCUACCAGGCUAUUGUGAUUAACUGUGGAGAUCCCAGACCUCUGCUGAACGGCGGUGUCCGAUUUCUCUCUGGCUCUAAUAACGAGUACCGCUCCCUCAUCCAGUACCACUGCAAUGAACCCUACUAUACUUUCAAAGACGCUCAUCAUGUAAACUUCAGCUGUGCUGCAGACUGCAAGUGGAGAGACAGUGAUGAAAAUGCUGUGAUCCCUCCAUGUUAUCCAGUGUGUGGUCGCCCUACUGUAAGUCUCUCUGAGCGUGAGCGGGUGAUGGGAGGAAAGGUAGCUCCAGCAGGUGCUUUCCCCUGGCAGGUCUUCCUCCGCACAAGAGGCCGAAGUGGAGCGAUUGUUAUUGGGGACAGAUGGCUCAUGACUGCAGCCCACAAUCUGGAAAGAGUGAACUUUACUAAAGAAAAUGUGAUGGUGUAUGUUGGAGACGUCCUUGUCAGUGAAAUUGUGAAGCACCGACCACUUCCUGUUUCAUCAUUACACGUCCACCCAGAAUACAAAAACAAUGACAUGUGUUUAAAUUUUGAUAAUGACAUUGCCUUGAUCAAGCUAAGCUCUCCAAUCACUUUUAACUCAAAUGUAAUGCCUGUGUGUCUGCCUCCACAAGAUACUGAACUUGAACACGUUGGCUGGGUUUCAGGAUUUGGACUGACUGAAACAUAUAUGGCAUCCAAUAAACUCCUGUACAUCAAACUUCCUAUUGUGGACCAAGGCACAUGCCACACAUUUGUGGAGACUGAGAGAGCGAUCCACGAAGACAUUGGUCCACUGACAGAUAACAUGUUCUGUGCAGGACUCCCUGAGGGUGGAGAGGACACCUGUAUUGGGGACACUGGUUCAGCGUUCGUUACGAAGAAGAACAACACCUACUGGGUGGCAGGCAUCGUUAGCUGGGGAGUUGAAUGUGCCAAGCCUGGAAAAUACGGCAUAUACACCCAUGUUUCAAAGUACACAAACUGGAUACAGAAAACCAUGGAAGAGAACCAGUAAAGAUAAUUCAGAGCCUGGCAGAAACAGCUAUUAUAUGCAUGCCCAUGUAACAGCUGCAUGCAGUUAAAUACUUACAAGAUUACUGCUGAA